AGUCCUCCUCCUCACUCGCUCCUCGCUUCUCCAACUUCGCAUCAGUCUCUGCCAUCUUCAAAAUGUCGGCCACCUUCAAGUCGAUCCGCUCGCUCCAGCCCCUCUUUGACCGCGUCCUCGUCCAGCGCUUCAAGGCCGAGACGAAGACCGCGACCGGCAUCUUCCUCCCCUCGAGCGUGACCCAGUCGCCCCUCCCCGAGGCGACCGUCAUCGCCGUCGGCCCCGGCGCCGCCAGCCCCGAGGGCAAGGUCAUCCCUUGCUCGGUCAAGGAGGGUGACCGCGUUCUCCUCCCCAGCUGGGGUGGUUCGCCGAUCAAGGUCGGCGAGGAGGAGUACCAGCUCUUCAAGGACAGCGAGAUUCUCGCCAAGAUCAACGAGUAAUUGUAUCGAGCAUGUAUGGCAUUAACCACUG